CAAAACGAAGUGGAAGCAGCGCACAACGGAAUAACAAAGACGAACGGUGCAGCGCAGGCGAAGGAGUUAGUUUUAUGGCUACGGGGAUUCUCCCGCAGCUUGUAGUUUCGUGAUAAACUGAGCACAAUCGACCCGAGGGUGACUGAGUAAUUGCCCGCCGUCGAACGAAUCGCAGUACUUCGGUACCGUUUCCUGCGAAUUGGGAGACGUGAUAAUUGGGCAGCAGUAGCCCCAACUUCCCCCAACCCCCUCCGAGGGACACACAGAUCCGGAUCCGGUACGACCCGAGCGCUCGGUGCAAUGUUUAAGCGACGUGUGAAAUCACCGCACACCCAUCGAUCCCGGUAUCGGUUCUUUCCGGUCGUGGUGCUGAUAGUGCUAGCCCAAUGGUGCCUACUGAAUACGGCCGUCACAGCCGAAUCGACCGAUAUCGAGCUCGAUGCGAAGGCGAACAAAAUCCACCAGAUCGAUUCGCUCAAUCUGUUGCUUUACACCUUCCUGCUAACGUUGACGGUGCUAACGAUAUGGUUGUUCAAACAUCGGCGCGUAUCCUGGCUCCACGAAACGGGGCUGGCCGUUAUAUAUGGGCUCAUCGUUGGUGCCAUUAUCCGUUAUGCAGGAACCACCACACCGAUCAUCCACGUUUCCGUGGAAGCGGAACCGGACGCAAAGUUCAACCAAAGCCUCCCACCGGACACGCUAUGGCUCAAGUUUCCGGGAAAUCUGCCCCACGGUUCCGAUCAGCCGGUGAAGGCAAACAAGACGUACACGUACAGCUUUCGCGGUGAGCUGGGCAACGUGGAGGAGAACGAGAUCGAUCUGAAAGCUACGUUCGAUCCGGAAAUCUUUUUCAACAUUAUCCUGCCCCCGAUCAUCUUCCAUGCCGGUUACAGUUUAAAGCGGAAAUAUUUCUUCCGUAACCUGGGUGCAAUCUUGAUGUUCGCCAUCAUCGGUACGACCCUGUCGGCGUUUUUAAUCGGUGCGCUUAUGUACGGUUUCGUCCAGCUGAUGCCAAAGCUAAAGUCGAGCUUUACGUUUCUGGAUACGCUUUACUUCGGGGCGCUUAUAUCGCCCACGGAUCCGCUUACCAUUUUGGCCAUCUUUAGCGAUAUGCACGUGGACGUCAAUCUGUAUGCGCUUGUGUUCGGUGAGAGUGUGCUGAAUGAUGCCGUUGCGAUCGUGCUUAGUGGGGCAAUCCAAAACUACGGUGAACAUUAUUCGAGCAAUGGCGAAUUCGAAGGACACGCCUUUUUACGUUCGUUGGGUGACUUCUUCAGCGUGUUUGCCUUUUCGCUGCUGAUCGGUGCUUCGAUGGGUUGCGUUACGGCCAUGAUGACCAAGUUUACGAGGAUACGCGAUUUUCCGCUGCUCGAAUCGGCCCUGUUCGUGCUGAUGUCCUACAGUACGUUUUUGAUAGCUGAAGCGGCAGAGUUAACGGGAGUUGUUGCGGUACUGUUUUGCGGUAUCUGUCAAGCACACUACACAUACAACAACCUGUCGGAUGACUCCCGCACGCGAACGAAGCAGAUAUUUGAGCUGCUGAAUUUUCUUGCCGAAAACUUUAUCUUCUCGUACAUCGGCGUGUCGAUGUUUACCUUCCCCAAGCACCACUUCGAUCCGCUGUUCAUUUUUACCGGAUUCAUGUGUGCAGCUAUCGGGCGCGCUGUAAAUAUUUAUCCCCUUUCAGCUCUGCUGAACAUAGCUAGAAAGCCAAAGAUUUCGUGGAACUUUCAGCACAUGCUGUUCUUUGCUGGAUUACGUGGUGCAAUGUCGUUCGCGCUUGCGAUUCGCAACACGGUGUCCGAUGCAAGACAGGCAAUGCUAACGACAACGUCGUUAAUAGUUAUUACCACCGUUAUCAUCCAGGGCGGAGCGGCCAACUUUCUGCUCAACUGGUUGAAUAUACCUGUUGGCGUUGAUGAUGAAACGGAGGUGUUACCCUAUCAGGGCGUUCGAAGCGUGUACAAUUCGAUGGAGAACACGGCUGGGUCGAUCGACGUUGGUUUAAAUCUCAGUCAGCUGCAGGUGAAUAGGCGAGCAAGUUCCUUGGAUUUGGAAAAUCCGGACAGUGAAGGUGCCACCACGCCGGGCGGCACACGAAGGGGCGGCCACGAAAAGGCUGUAUUGGCACGGCUGUGGGGCAAUUUCGAUACAAGGUACAUGAAACCAUUAUUGACCCACUCGAGGCCAACGCUGCUCGAAACGUUACCGGUUUGCUUGAGCCCGUUGGCUCGUUUGCUCACCACAACCGAGCAGCUAACGCAGGAUGGUCCAACGCGUCGUUCGGAUUCGGAUUCCGACCUGUGCAUCGAUGAUGAUGAUCGUGGGUCGCGCGGUGGUCCCGCCGACGGUAGCGGCCGCAGGAACUCAAUCAAUCGCCGCCAGCAACAUUCCGAUGCCGCGCAUGAAGCUAACGAUGCGCUCAACAUACUAAGUAGCUUGGGAACUAAUUUUAUGUAACGCUUCUCCAAACCAACCCGAGCUGUUUCCGGUGUGUGAGUGACGGCGGGAUUAUGUUAGUGGUUCGUUCUUUUGUACAAAAUUUCCCCCCUUUUUUUCUUCAAAACAUCGUAGUUUGUUGUGUUUUCUCGCAUGAAAAAUUGUUUCAGUUUUUUUUCAUUCUGUUAUUGUUUCAUCAUAAACGGUUUUUAGAACGUAAUUGGCAUAAUUUUAUUCUUUUUUUUUCGUUUUUGGUUUUGUUCUUCUUGUUCUUAUUCCACGUAUGUGUACGCGGUGCAGCAGAAACGUACUAUUUAAGCUGUUCCCCAGGUCCCCCACAGUUGUUUUCUUGCCCCAUCGAAUUGCUCAUCGGGCAGCCGAGCAUAGUAAAGAAAGCUGGAAGUGCAACAGAGAGAGAGAGUAUGUGCACUACCGCCCAAAAAAUUACCCGCAGCAUUACCACACGAUGGUUUGCCAUAUGGUUUUCCUUGGUAUUAUUAUUUAGUUUUAGCAAUUUAUAAGUUUACGAUCGGUUCAUCCCUCUUCUGUUAUUUAGUUUUUUAAUGCAUUAGUUAUUUUUUAAAUCACUGGUUUAUGUGUGGGUAUGGGUUGAAUUGUUGGCGAAAUUGGCGGCUGGACAGGGUUUUUGUUGGUGGGAUACCGUUAUGUUAGAGUUAGAUUUUACUUGGUUGCCAAACCGGGUCCUCCCCUCAACGGUAUGGACAAUAAUUGUUGAAACGCUCCGUGUGGAGUGCGCUCUUCAGCUCAAAAGGUCUUUCAUUGUGAAUGAAAUAAAUAACAUUUGGUUUACUUAAGUUCCUGUUGCCUACACGAAAAUCCAAUUUCUGAAACCGAUUCUUAAGCAAAAAAUAAUCAGCGCUCUCUGUUCACUCCAACGAGAACGUUAGAUGUGCUUCAACCUGUUCAACUUUGUUCAGGCCUAGUUUUGUUUUUUUUUUCUUACUACUACUUUUAUUUUGUAGAUUCGUUUUUCUUUUACAAUGUUUGUCUUUGUGUUCUAUAGUUACACCCAACACCGAAAGUAAAAGAUACAAACCCUCCCCCCUUCCUGUGAUUUGUCAUUAAUCGGAAGAUAUACAGAUAUACACAAAGCAGGCGAUCGUGCCGAACGAUAGGAAACGAUGAUGAAAGCGCAAUCGUUCGUUGUACUUACAGUGUGAGAUACAAAUAGUUUAAUGUUGUAAGCCGUUAGUCGAUCUAGUAAAUUCGUUCCGAAUGUGUCAAAGGAUCAAAUGACAACGUGCCGGUUGAGAGGCUCGCUCUGCUGACAGUGAAAAGACGGAAAAGAAUUUGAUUUCCUUCCUUUAAGUUCGUUAAGCAUGCUGCUAAGCGUUGCGCGCUGUCCCUAUGCAAAGUGCCACCGAGCGAGAGAGAUUUAGGUCCAGAGGAAUAAAGGGCAGUUCCGUUAGGUGUUUGAGCGUUUGAAGCGCAUGCCCGUCGGAGUAACAAAGGUGCUAGUUAGACGCUAUAAUAGCCCCACAUCCGUGUGCUCUACUGAAGAUUGUUUAGUUAAUUCCGUUCCGAGCAAGAGCCGGCAACACAUGUGCAUUAAAUACAAUGAUAUUAAAUGAUAAACAAA